UUGAAAAAAAAAGGUGUGCCCUAACAAAUGGUUCUAAUAAAACUGACCGUGUAAAAUAAGAGUUAGUCCUGCAACUUUAGCACUGUGAUAUAAAAAGAUUAUUCACACCGCACGCAUGAAGCUGCUUCAUUGUGAAAGGGUUACGAGAUGUAGUAUUCUAUACUGUUAAAGACCAAUAGCGAAUGUUUUCACAGUACCACCUACCAUCAGCGAUGCAAAUGUGGAAUUGAAUUCGUUCCAAAUGAAUUCCAAGCUUUCAGACAGGAUGAUCCGUGGUGUUCACUUUGCCUGUGUCCUCAUCUUGGUGUUUGGGUUGCUCUUGGUCCAUGGUGAGGGAAAAAAGAAGAACAGAGGUUCUCAAGGAGCGAUACCCCCUCCGGAUAAAAGCAAACCCAAUGAGUCCGAACAGCAUCGACCUCCGCCUCAGCCUCAACCGGACUCGAGGUCAGGGGGAACGGACUGGGGUACUGCCAUGCCCGCUGAGGAGGUGCUCGAGUCCAGCCAAGAAGCUCUGCACGUCACGGAGCGCAAAUACCUGAAACGGGACUGGUGCAAGACGCAGCCGCUGAAGCAAACUAUCCACGAGGAGGGAUGUAACAGCCGCACCAUUAUUAAUCGGUUUUGCUAUGGCCAAUGCAAUUCAUUCUAUAUUCCCAGGCACGUCCGCAGGGAAGAAGGCUCCUUCCAGUCUUGCUCCUUCUGUAAGCCCAAAAGAUUCACUACAAUGACUGUCACUCUCAACUGCCCCGAAUUGCAGCCCCCUACGAAACGAAAAAGGAUCCAGCGCGUCAAACAAUGUCGUUGUAUUUCCAUAGAUCUCGACUAGAUCAUCCGUUCUACUUUGUCAAAUUAUUUGAGGGCAUACAACUCUGUAUUGUGUAUAGGGGGUCCUUAAUCAACCGCAUUUAUAUACAUUGUAAAGGGACAAUACGGGGAUUGAAUUUUAGAAACAUUAUCUAAUAUAAUAAGAACUAUUCCAAACUAACCGACAGUUUCGAUUGAAGACAAAACUGGUCCCUGAGUAAUGACCUAAUCAAGAUCAUUAGCUGUGCUACAGGGCAUUCAACAUAUGACCACAUUCACAAAGAGUACAGUGUUUGUUCAAUGAGAAGCAUUAUAUGAACCAUUCAUUCGUUAGUCCCAUUACUAUUGCUCAAUAUCGCUGCGUUUGCGCCACCAGGCACUGAAUUUACAAGCUACACAGUUGCUUUUACAAAGUCCAUUCACACACAGUGUAUUGUAAAACGUGUCAUCACCAGCUCAUUGAUAAAUGUGUUGGAAAGGCUAAUAAUACUUUACAAGCGCUCUGGAGCGGGGUGCAGCUUUGUUUCGUAAACUAUAGCAUCCAGCAUCACACCAUUUUAUUUUAUUUUGUUGUAUUUUAUUUGGAUUUAAAUAUUUACUGGUGAUUUGGUAGUUUCCACUGUGUGGAAUGUGAAUAGUUAACAAAGUGAUAUGGAUAUUUAAUGUAAUUAUGUCUGAAUUGUAUAUCGUUAAUAUGAAUGUUAUAUGCGCUUACUUCGGUUAAAUAUAUCUAUACAAUUCCGUUUCAAUGAAUUCAGAGGGGGAAAAUGGGGGUAAUCAUUACUCGACAGUGCACACAAACACAUGAGUUGAUUCGUCUAGUGUUGGUGGUAGUUGGCUCUAACAAUUCUAAGCAAGAUAUUGUACGGAUGGUACAUUAUACUUUUUGGCUUGUAAGUUUUGUCAUAAUAUCAAUAAGGGGAUGCUUAUUUUAAGAUUAAAAACUGUAAAGGCGUAUACAAUGUAAAUAAACACACUUCUCCAUUCAAAAUAUGUAGAAGGGGGAUAUUGAUUUGUAUUAUGUGCUUCAUUAGAAAUAUGUUAUAUUUGGACCUGUAGUCUUUGUAACAAACACGAUUUGCAACAUUGCAGGUAGAACUACUGCUACCGCUAAUAUGGGAUGGGUCUUGAAUUGUUUUUAGUGGGUUUCGUGUUAACACAAAUAAAAAAAACGCUUCAAAACGCUGGGCUCAGUUUUCUUCCUGCCUUGAGCUAAUCUCUUGCUGGGACUCCACCAACCUCACCCUGGUGGAUACUUUCCGUCGUUAAAGUAUUUAAUUUAUAAAAGGAAUGAGACACCAGCCUCUCUGCAACCUCAACAAUGACUUCAGACAAUAUCCAUCGACUACAUACUACACACCAGCGCUCUCCCUCUUAUUAUAUAUUGCCUAAAUAGUGCUGUCGGUAUUACGCGCAGAUUGAGAAUACCUCCAUUGGCCGUCCAACCUGACUAAUGAAUUGUGAUGUUUAGGUACACUGACAACCAAAUAAAGCUUUCACAAUAACCUUCACGACUAGCAUAACAGUGCAUGGGUACAUCAAUAUUACACGGAAUAUCCACUUGUAUUUAUUAUUCUCUUCGAUAAUAAAUCUACAGUCUUAUACCUGUCACAAUCUUAUAAGGAGGAUUUUCAUCUUUCUGUGUCAUUUAAAGUUUUGCAGUCCAUAGACUGCACUUCCAGUUUUACAUGUAUCUAGAGAACUGCCUGUCUAAUUGGGAUGAAGCUUGAAAAGAACAUUCUUUAGCACAAGUAUUUUGUUUUAGUAAAUCAUGAUUGCGGGGUACACAGAGGCAUCUUUUGCUAUGUCUGAGAAGCGCAUGCAAUUGUGAUGAAACUUGGUCUGGGCAUGCUUCAGAAAAAGCUAUUAAGAGAGUCGGAAUCUGAAAGCAUAUGUCUAUAUGUCAGUUACAUCUUUACAUGUGCAGUGGUGACUGUGUGAAACGCUUAUAGGAUAUGCUUAUCCUUCAAGGGAAUCAUUUAUACACAUAUAAAGGUAGGCACAGUUUAUCCUUUAUCCUCCAGAGUGCAUUUAUUAAGCCUUACUUCUGGAACUUUACAAUUUACAUAAAAAAUCUUCAACUCUCCAUGAUCCGAGCAGCAAAAAACAUUACUAAGGCUAAUUGGGGGGGUGUGUCUUAUCUAUGCUGAGUACAAGUUUCUGUAAUCAGCACCUCACAUGACCAAAGGCCUUAUUUUGGCCUACAGAAUGGUAACAAAUAAGACUGCAUUAAAUUAUUUAAACUAGAUUUUUAAUGACAUUUCACCGAAUACACCCAGCACGGUUUUUAACCAACUUCCACAAGACCUCAAUAAUGAGUGAGCAUGUAGUUUGUUAAAGAAUACACAGGUUACACUUUUCACAUUUAGGUGAAUUGUGACAUCACACAUUCUAAGAAGUGAAUUUGCAUUCAGAACGGGUCUUUAUUUCUACACACAAACAAUCUGUGAAAAAACAUCUGGUUAUGAUUGACUGAGGUCACUAUCACUGUCACCAACUGAAGGAUUGUAGCCAAUCAUAUUGUGGCACAAGUGCUACUGUUAAUCAGUCAGUGCAGUCAUAACAUCCUAGAUUGAUUAUUUUAGAUACUGUCUCUGAAUGGCAUUGCCAGUAUCAAAUAGAGUUAUUAGCUGUCUUGUCCUUAUCCAGACCACAGAAAAUCCAUUUGGUCUACAUGAUGUAGCAAAGACCACAUAUGAAUAUGACAAUUUGGUAUAAACACAACAAUCUAAAAGUGAGAUAUGGAUUUCCAUGAAUCCAAAGGCUGUGAUUUUGAAAAUAAAUGGCAUUGAAGAUUUUCUAUUAUAAAAUGGUUGGCUAUUAAUAUAUCCAAACUCUUAUUUCAAAACCACAUUUAAACCUCACAGCUUCUUCCCACUUCAGAUGUUUCAUGCAGCAUACACAUUUAUUGUUAAUCUGUUUCAAGUCAAACUGAAUUGAGGCUAAUGACCACAUGAAUUGUGCAGCUUCUGUUAACACCACAUUUCAGGACUAUGGACAGAGGAAACCUUAGUAGUUCUUAUUAACCCCAUGCUUAUUCUGGGUCGUGAGUACUGAAAGACAAGGUGAAUACGACCAGGUCCAGUAAGAUUCAAUUGUAAUACACUGAAACCUUCUCCAAGGCUACCUCAGUACACAGGGAACCACACAGUUAAGGCUUAUAUGGGGAGUCUCAAUUCCAUUGACUUCAAUGGUACUAUACCUUCAAUAUAUAUAUAUAACAUUUUGUUGGCCCCUUGACUGGCCCUAAUAGAAAGGUUUCACUGUAUUUUGAAUAGAUCACAAUCACUUGUGGCAAGCUGGGAGACAAAGCCAGCAAGAUCACAAUACAAUAUGUUAUUAUUAUUAUUAUUAUUUAUUUCUUAGCAGACGCCC